UGUUGCGACUUGACUUUUACUACUGUUUUGUACGUAAAAAAUAUUUUUAUGGAUAAUCAUUUACACUCAGUUUUUUUUUAAACCUACAUGUUUAUCGAGUAAAAAUACAUAAAUCAAGACGUUUUUAUAAGUGACAGUAAUUGAUUUUUCUUCAAUUCGGCUAUGAAAAGUGUUUUUGACUGAUUGUUUAUUUUCACAACAAAUAUUUAUAAAACAAAAAUGAACAAAGAAAAUAAUAGAGGUGCAGCUGGCCUGCGACGCUCUGCAGUGGCCGAAAGAAUCAGGCUCAGAGAAGAGUGGUCAGCAUUGAAAGAAGUAGACACUGCAACUACUUCAAGACAGGCUGACAGUGCUUUACAGAAGAAGCCAAGUAAUACGCGUCACACACCUGGUGUCUCCAGCAGAAAGAAACAACCGGUUAAAUCUAGUCAGAAAAAGAGGUCUGGCGACGGCGACCUCUCGCGUCCGGCUCUAGUUCAGACCAUAGUACGGAGCGAAGGGGACUGGGAUGCCGUCUCCUCCUUCUGCAAAACAGUCAUGCUAGCUAAGGAGGAGGCGGAGCACGGAAAUCCAAGAUCACUGCAGGCAUCAUGUGAUGCCCUGCAGGGUGUGGUUGCCAUGGUGGAUGUAGGAGCCGAGAGUAAGGCGCUGCCACUGCGCUGCGCACUGGCGGCCCUCGGAGCUACCGUCGUGGUGGAAUGGAACCCUCUUGUUACACAUUUAGUCUGGACUGACAGCGGUUGUCGCGCCACCCGCGCCAAGGCCCGCGCGCUGGCCUGCAAGUUGGUGUCCCCGCUGUGGGUGGAGGCCUGCGCCGCCUCCAACAAGAAGCUCAAUGAGAGAACGUUCCCGGCUGCGUCACGACAGUCUGAUCUACCAUCCCCGAGGACUUUGAGACAACUGCUGAAAAAAGCAGAAAUGGAGAAUGUGACUCUCGCAGCGUUACUGAACGACAGCAAGGAGGAGGAUAAAGAUGGCCGUCCUCGCCUGAGGAUAUCAUCUGGCACUGACACUACUAUGGAUAGCUCCAGGGAAACUAUCGACCUAGAGUCCCGAGUAAACACGGCACCCCGUCGUGGCGCAGUGUCGCCCCCUACCCGAGCGCCCCCCAAGUCCCGGCGGAAACUGUUCACACAUAAAGAGGCUGAGGAGAUUGGCAGUACUGAUGAUGAAGCAGAAACACCGUCAAAGACCAAGUUGAACCAAAGCAAGCUGACCCAGCGCGAGCGCCGCGACCUCGCGCGAGCUGAGCGGAUGGCGAGGAAGUUACUCGCCGCCUGCGACACGAGGCACAGACCGGGUACUGCGCCACAGACUGGGCUGCAGCCUAAGAUUGUACUAACAGGCAUGACUCGGCCCGAGCGUCACGCCGUAACUAAGGCGGUGCAACAGCUCGGCGGCGUCAUACAGAGUCACGUCAACAAGCGCACGAGCCACGUGUUGCUCGGCUCGUGCGGCGUGCCACGUUGCAGCAACCAUCCCGCGAACAUCUCCGGUGUUACAGAGCUGUGCGACCUCAGUAAGACGUCGUGUUGGACGGACGUGACGGACAAGCGAGCGCGGACGUGCAACGCGUUGCAGGGCGCGGCGCGCGGCUGCAGGCUGCUACACGCUCGAUGGGCUGUAGACUCCGCCUCCGCCUGCAGGUGGCUGCAGCAUCACGACUAUGAGGUACUGCAUCUGAAGAAGAUUAGUCAGCGGCGUCUGCGUCGGACACUACAAGCGUUUGCUUCCAACUCCGACGGCGCGUUGGAUGAUGCUAAAGCACACGGUACGUUCACCAGCGGCGCGGGUAGUGGGUUCGAUUCUAUGAAAGCUCGAGUAGAACGCACAGCGCUCGGGAAACUACGUUCAGAAUACGCAUACGACGUCUUCUACGGUAUGAAAGUACAUUUAAAACCCGACGCUGAACAAAGAGAGGCUGCUUUGAAACUUCUCACGCUAUGUGGCGCUGCAGUCGAUAAUAGUGCCACAGACAAUAACCCUGAAAAUCAAACGAAGGAAACUAGACUUAAUAACUUACAUACACAAGGCAGUGUUUUAAAUAUCCAGUCUCACAAUACAAAUAUGGAGUCUCAGAAUGCCAAUAUCGAGGCUCAAAUUGCCAAUAUGCAAUCUCAGAAUGCCAAUAACCGUGCUAAAGUAAGUAAUAGUAAUUAUGAUGUAGUUAUUGGCAGUGGUGUUGGUGAAGUGAAUUCUAAAUGGGUGUUUGAUAGCGUGGCGGCCGCUCGGAUGAGAACUACUAGAAGGUACAUCAAUAUGAAUAGUUUUACUCAAUGUAUGGGCGGUCGUGACAGAUAG